AGGGGCGGGCUCCAUGGCGGCGCGUGCGGGACAAGGGUUGUUUUGUAAUGGAGGAAAAUGGAGCUGACCAUGACAUUACUAUGGAAGCAUCCAAUGACUUAUUCAUAGGUGACUGUAAUACUACAGGAGAGUCAGAAACAAAUGAUUGGGGUUUGCAGCAUCUAACCUGCAUGGAUUCCAGGGAUCCAUUGUUUGGACAGAGUGACUCUCCUGCAGCCUUGGCCAUCGCAGUACGCCUCUCAGGCAGCUCUCCAACUUCAGCUGCCCCGGCACGGCCACCCCAGCUGCAGCCGCACUUUGCAGAGGAGUUCUACCUGAUAGACCAAACCAGGCAGCCUCUCUAUGAUCUGCAGCCCCUAGGAGGGCCCAGUGCACAGAUGAUGAUUGUUGCCAGCCAGUCAGAAAAUGGACAGGUGCUGCACGUCAUUCCUUCUGCCCAGCCAGGAAUGGCCCAAGUGAUUAUUCCUCAAGGUCAGCUUCUGGAUGUGACCAGCAUGCAGGAUGUUUCAGAAGAGAAGUGUGGUGACGGGAACUUGCAGACUGUGGCAGUGGCUGCUGUAGCAGACAGUGCAAGCAGCUACGUUCUACAUCCACAAGCAUCCCUUACUGUAUCGAAAAAAACAGCCACCAGGGUAGUGGAAGAUUCAUUUCCCAUCCUUCUCGAGCCGUUGCCACCAAAUACACCUGCAUGGGCGCGCCGUCUCAGGAACUGUGAGAAAAUUGGGGACUCAUACCGCGGCUAUUGUGUGAGCGAGACAGAAUUAGAGAGUGUUCUAACGCUACACAAGCAGCAAACACAAAGUGUGUGGGGGACACGCCAGUCUCCAAGCCCAGCCAAACCCGCCACACGGUUGAUGUGGAAAUCUCAGUAUGUCCCAUAUGAUGGGAUCCCUUUUGUCAAUGCAGGAAGCAGAGCCAUUGUAAUGGAGUGCCAGUAUGGGCCAAGGAGGAAAGGGCUGCAGCCCAAAAAAGCUGGUGAGCCAGAAAACACCUCUGGCCAUCUGUACAAAGCCACUUGUCCAGCAAGGAUCUAUAUUAAAAAGGUUCAAAAGUUUCCGGAAUACAGAGUUCCUACUGACCCUAAAAUUGACAAGAAAAUCAUAAGAAUGGAGCAGGAGAAAGCAUUCAACAUGCUGAAGAAGAACUUGAUAGAGGCUGGCGGUGUCCUCAGGUGGUAUGUACAGUUACCUACUCAGCAAGCCCACCAAUAUCAUGAAAUGGGAACAUCCUGCCUUCCUUCUUCACCAUCCGAUUUUUCUGUGUCUUCUCCUGAGGAGGAGGAGGAAGUUGUUAGAGAUGAGAACUGUACGCUGACUUCCCGACUUCAUCCUCAAGUGGCAGACAAGAUCCGAGAACUAGUGUCUCAGGGAAUAGAGCAGGUCUAUGCAGUGAGGAAGCAACUGAGAAAAUACGUGGAAAGAGAAUUAUUCAAGCCUGAUGAAGUGCCAGAAAGACAUAACCUGUCCUUCUUCCCCACUGUGAAUGAUAUCAAGAACCACAUUCAUGAAGUGCAGAAGUCCCUGAGGAAUGGCGAGAUGGUGUAUAAUUCAGAAAGUAUUCCAGCGACACUGCAGUGGACCACAGACAGUGGGAAUGUUCUCACAGAAACAGUGACUGUUACAUUUGCGUCACCACCUUCAGAUGGGAGCUCAACAGGGAAGUCAGCCGUCACCAAAGCAGAAUCCAACCAGAGCGGGGAGUCCAUGCUUCCAGAAACAGCUCAGUUGUUGUCUUCACUCUCUUCACUUCAGCGCAAGAUAUUUGCACAACUUCAGGGAUUACAGCUGCAGUCAAAUUUUACCUCCGCAAAUGAAUCUACAGCCCUGAUAGCUGUAAAUAACCAUUCCCCUCCCAGCCCUGCAAGUCUUCUGGAUUCUACGGGGAGUGCAAUAACCAACCAUUCUCUAACACUCAGUCAGGAGGCACACAGUCUACAAGUAGGUGCUGGUCUAACACAGCACAGUGCCGCUGCCUCUGCUCUUGGGACUCCACCUGGUUCUGACCAGAGCCUACUCGCCACGGGCCAGUUGGUAGCAGCUGGAGGGGUAGAUGAUUGCAGAAGCCUAGAAGGAGGAGUCCAUCAGAUUCUCUUGGAAAAUGUACAGACUAUUCCAGUACCGAUUGUGGACAGCCAUCCAGCUCUGAGGGAAGAAAAUACAGAAGAUGAUAUCUGUGUCAGACAAGUUAAACAAGAACCGAAAGAAGAAGCAUUGUCUAUGGAACCAGAUAAAAUCAGAGACUGCCAGAGUUCCUCACCUAUUUAAAUCUGUGAAGCCUGAAAGGAUUUUUCAAGUCAAAGAACUCUACAUGUUUUGGAAGGAAAGGCAGGCAAUUUCAAAGCGAUGGCAUUCUUUUAAAGUUGUAUUGUGACGUUCAGACUAGGCAUAUUUCACACUAGUUCUGACAGACAGCUGUUUUGAUUGAUGACUGAUGUGGCUCACUGCCAAUGCCAGGUCAUUCAGUUGCCCUGCAGAACGCCACCUCUCUCUUCCGUUUCAAGUUUUGAGUAAUUUGGAUGCUAUCCAAAUGGUCCAUUUUGGUUGACAUUUCUGAAGGUCUUCCGCAAUUUAAUUCCUUAGCUUUAGAAUGUGGAUCACAAUGCUGGGUUUACUUUUCUGCUUGAGACCUUUGACUGUUAUAGCACUACAGAGACUAUAGAACCUGCCAGUUCCCAGGCCACGGAAUCCAGCAGCAAAGUCUGUCAAUACAGCUGUGGUUUUGUGACAAAAUGAAGGUCCAAGAUGCUGGAUUUCAAAGUGAUGAAGGACACGGAUGCUUAAGAAAAUGCAACUUUGACCUGAUCAUGAUAUUAAUGCUGUGAAGAUCGAGGAGAGGAGAAAGGUCAGAAGCUCUCCAGCAGGUCUAUCCAACAAGCAACAACUAAGGUAUGGUCUGGGAGGAGAAGGAGUGGAAGGCAGAAAUCUCGUUGUAUGACAAGAGUGCAUUUCUUUGGGGUUUAUUUUCGACAUAAGCCAUUGCACUUUAGUGUCAGGACAAAUGACAUGUUUAUUUUCUGAAGUGAUUUGGCGUGUUUCCUGGGGAGUCUUCAAAGGACUGAUCGUAGUACUGUAUCAUAGAAAGUAUUAGUGGGUGUAUUUGUCAUCGGAGGCUCAUCGUGUUCUAGUACAGAAAGGAUUUCAAAAGCAUGGAGUGCUUUCUGAGGACAAAUGCGGAAUGUCCCUGUCUGAAAGAGUCUUCCUGGACAGAAAAGCUGGAACGUUGGAUGCUGUGAGAGUAAUUCUUAUUAGUAAUCUGUUGGAAUGUGCCAGAUAAAAGAAAACUGGAAAAGGCAUGCAUGAUGACCUCUUUAUGGAAAAAGUUACCUUUGGAUGUACUAGUACUACCACACUAACUUUGGAUUAGUUACCUAAUAGUUUCAAGUGAUAAAUGCAUAAGGGAUUGUAUGUGUCUUAGGGGAAAAAAUGGAAAGAAAUAAAAUGGAGACAUGAAUAUAGUUGAUUGAAUGUAGUUCUUUAGUACACUUUUAAUUGCCCUUAACUGUGGUUAACAGAUACAUGUAUUUCAGCGCAGAUAUAAUCAGAUUUUUUAAUGUGGGUAGCUGAAAUUCAUGUUUUAUCUACUGUCCUUAGCUCUCUGCAGGUGCAGGUCAGUUGAUGUGUACUGGGCUUCCACUAAUGGCAAUCUGCCUGUUUAAACAAGAGCAUGCUCUUCUAUGCAAAUUAAAUGUCUUACCCUUCCUGGUCUUGAUAAGUAGAGCUUAUGGAGCUUGAUAAGGCUCAUAGGAGGAUCAAAAUCUGUUUGUAAUAUAGUGAUUUCAUAAGAGUUAAUUUCUAGGUCCUCAGUAUGAAAGAAGUAGAAAGCAAAAAUCCACACUAUUGAUUUUGCCAUUUGGUCAUUUUUCUCUACAGCAAGACAAUGUCAGUACAGCAUCAGCUACCGCUAAAAUACUGUUAACAUUUUAUCUCUAUUCUCUGGUUAAAUGUUGAUAGUUCAGUGGCCCCAGGAAAUAUCAGAGUCUUGCAGACUCUGAUAAGCAGAGAGGUGUGUGUUGGCAGAUCAACGGGAGAGGGAGGAGUUCGGACCCAGUGUCCUCAUUUCAUGCGAACGUUCGCUGGUUCUGAAUGCAGCCUUUGAGAAACAGUGAUGAUUUGUCUCUGUGUUCUGACAUAGCUGUUCUUUCUGCUUGCCCACUCAAGAAGCUGUACAAACCUGCAACGGACGUGGAGAUCAUGAAGAUAGUAUGUAAGAUCUUAUGGGAGGACCUGCAGAAACAGAAUGGAGGAGAUUAAAGUUUCCCAUGGUUUUCCAAAUGUAUGGGUGCACAAGAAGCUGGGAGAGAGCACAGCCAGGCAGCUGACCCAACCUUGCUAGAGAGAUAUUUGAUACCAUAAAAUGUCAUGCUCAGUACAUAAAUGAGAAGUUGGCUGGGGACCAAAGCUCGCUGAUCUGUGCUCACUGCUUGGGACAGGCUGCACAAUUGGCUGUCAGGUGGAUCACUUACCUCUGAGAGUACUCCAGAUAAUUGGCAAGAGACCAGAACGGGGAACAGAAGAGGAAGUGAAGUUUGUAGACAGCUACUUUCAGCGGAUAGAAAACUCUCAAAAUACAGUCAAGAUGGCAGUUUCUUCUGGCUGAAGUGAUUUACUUUAAAUGGUUCCCAGAUGCGGGUCUCCCCGUGCAGGACACAGCUGGUUCCAGCCAGCUCUGCAGGAUGCAGCUGAGCUCGUCAGGGAGGCUGGUGGAACAUCUGGGCAAGCAUAGCUAAGAAAGGGCAAAAUGCUACGCAGCAAAGAGGAGUGAGGAAGAAAGUGAGAAAACCAGUCCUCUGAACACCAGUGUCAGAGAAGAAGGAGGGAGGAAUUGCUUCAGGUGCUGGAGCAGAUAUUUCCGUGCACCCCACCAAGGACUCCAUGCUGGAGCAGGUGAAGAUUUCCUGAAGGAACUGAAGUUCACAGAGAGGAGCCACGGAUGCAGGAGAAGGCUUUUGCUGAAGGACAGCAGCCUGUGGAAAGGACCCAUGGUGGAGCCAAGGCGAAGUGUGAGGAGGAUGGAGCAGUACAAAGGAGCUGUUACAGACUGAUUGCAACCUCCAAUUCUCCUUUGUCCUGCGCUGCUGCAGGCAAAAGCGGUAGAGGAGUUGAGGGUAAAGGUGUGAAGCUGAGCCUGGGGAAAGAAGGGAGCAUGAGGAGAAGGCACUGUUUUAAUUUGUAUUUGUUUCUCACUAUUCUGCUUUAUUUUAAUUGACAAUAAAUUAAUUUUCCUCAUCUUGAAUCAAAUACUUGAAAUUUAUACCUGGACUGAGGUCACAGUAGGAAAUACUUACUGAUUUAUUUUUGAUCACUUUUAGCCAUUAUAGCCUUUAAUCCUUUAAGAAGGACACAAAAUGUAUCGAAUUGUAAUCUUUAAGUCAUUAUGUGUGUAGAAAGGAGUGAACUUUGUUUGAAUGAGGAGUUGCAUUUCUUAAUUGUGGUUUGGCCUUUCAAGUUCUGCUUAUUCACCUUUUCACUAGAGUAAAUCUUAGCUGCAGAGUCACCUCAGGAACAGGUCUUAUCCAUUACACUUCUGCUGGAGAAGAAUAUCAGGCAUAUCUUUACAGGUUUGAGCAUGGGAGAAUCAUUCUGAGGAAAGGCUGCUGCAGCGGUAGAUCCAACUUGAUCUACGCUGGUAAUGUUCUUACAGAUGUUAAAGAUGCAGCAUCUUCAUGGCAUAUCUAGCUGUGCUUCAGAAGGAGGCAAAAUUUGGGUUGAGUGGCAUAUUUGAUGGAAGUAUUGUUAUUCUUGGACAAGAAAUAGGUAGAGUUUGGGAAUGAGAUUUAUAUUCCUGUGCUUUUCAGAAAUUUUCCUCAAUUCCAUAAGCUUUCCUGACUAUGCUAAGGCCAUAAAAGAAAUGCAUAUAACGAUUCUCUUUUCUCUUUAAAUUCUAUGAAAGAGAAAGAAAUUCUCCAUUUUGCCACUCCCGGGGACAAACAUGCUUCUUUUUAAAAACCAGAGAGAAAAGCAGACAAAGUGCCCUAGAACGAAAUUUAGCAUCUUCAGGAGUUGUAGUAGGGUUUAUGAGGUGCAAUUGUAAAAUGAUCAAUGUUUUCAUAGUGAAACAUUUUUUUUAUUCUGCCAUUCCUUUUAUUCAGACUUGUGAAUUUCUGUGUAAAAUAAUCUGAGAGAUCACUAGUGAGAUUAGCUAAUAAUUGCAAAAUGGAGAAGUUUCACUGUGGAUAGGUGGUAACAAAAGGUAUCAUAAAGUCAGCUAGGAUAAUUAUUAUUAGCAAGGUAAGAUCUUUCAGCCAUUAACCGCUUUGGGCAUUAUGCUGACAUUUAUUCUGAUCUUGCAAAUAAAAAUAGUGAUUAUGAGCCAUUGCAGGAAGAACUGGGAGAUAAAGCAGUUUGUGAAAUACUAGUCUGUGGUGGGUUUGGUUUCUGUUGGCUUUGUCGUGCUUUUACUUAGUGUUCAGCUUCUUUGUGUACCUCUGUAGGAUCUGUUUUAUCUGAGCUCUUAUGUAGAAUAAGUCAAAAUAUGUUAAUACUUAACACUCAGAGCAUAAUACACAAGUUCCUCGUGGCAAGAUAUACGUUAUUUCAUGUUUUCUAACACAAAUAGUUAAAUUGUUUGAAUAUUAUUUUAAUACCAGAAGACAUUUGAGAGAAACAUCAUGUGUUCUAUAUUCACUCUUUUAUCUGUGUUUUGCUUUUGGCAUUGAUGAAUUCUCAUUUUUUAAAGAACAGUUUUUUAGCAACGAAGUGCCUGUUUUCAAAUGAGCUACAGGUUCCUGACUGCAGCAGAAAUGACUUCAGGUAAGGAAACCGGAACUGUAUUUAAUUUUGAGCAGCCAGACUUUCUGAAGAGAAGAGUCACUGAGCUACCUCUGCAUGGUAUUGCUGCCUCUGGGAUGGGACGUAUCGUAGCCUUGUUUACUAAUUUGGUCAGAAAAGAUUUGUUUGCCAUUACUUAGGUGAUUGACACAAAGGUUAGUACAGUUGGCUGUCUAGAGAAAAACUAGUUUGCCAGAGGUGGAAUUAUGUAAGGCUGCUGAGAAGGCAACACUGGCUUAAGAUGGUGAGUAAGAACUAAGAUUUUGAGGAAUCAGGGGAACAACUUUUUGAUGCUGUUGAAUUGUAGCAUUCACCAAGGGCUGACAGCUGAAGCAGAACUUCUUUUGCACUGCUCGACUAGCGUUUAUCAUCUUUGCCCGCAGUGUAAGAAGUAAACAGGCGUUAUUGGCUCCUUGACCAGCACUUGCUCAGAUUCCUUCUAGCUAUUUCAGAAUGAAUGGUUAACCUUUGGCUACAUGAGACCUGAAAGUUCCCAACCAUAUAUUUUGGCUGUCUUCUCAGUGAUAAAGACCUGUGUCAGAUUUCUAGAAGAGAAGUCAUGGAGAAUAUUGAAGAAGGGCCUAACAAAGUCUGUUCAUACAAAGAAAAUGUGCACCAAAAGUAACUCCUGCUUUUGGAAAGCCCAGAGAAGCUGUUCUUAAAUGCUGGAGCAUGAACUAAGCUGGCUUUGUGGACCUGAGCACACUAUUGUAAAUCUCCAAAACUUUCAGUAGCACCCACACAAGUUUGUUCCUGUUCACCCCAAGCAAGGAAAGGAGUCUCUAGUUAAGCCACUGAGUUAAUGUUAGUGUCAUUUUACCACAUCCCAGUUUAAAAGGGUUGCUUGAGAAAGCAGCUUAAAAGCACUGAUGCAGUCAAAAAUUGAAACUCCAUUUUUAGAAGCAGAAGUUAGAAAAAUAAAUCUGUGCUCAAAUGUGUAGUUCCCCCUGUUUUGCACUGCAAGGGAGACAGAGAGGAAAUACUUGUUUGACUAUUGCUGCUUUUUUUAUGCCUGUCAUCCGUCCAAGAUUGCUGCCAUGAACUUUGGCUGCAUGCUGUUUUUUUCCAGUGGUAAUUUCAUCAUGAUAAGGAAAUGUGUUUGUGCCCUCAGCCAUUUUCACCUGUGUUUUCUUCUGUGGGAUACGCCUUUCAGAUGAAAUAUUGAGAGUCUUUUCAUUAUUCUGAGAUACUUUCGUGUUUGUAUAUCCAUUGAAUACAGCUAGGAGUAGAACCGAAUAAAACCCUUGUCCAUCUUUCAGGCCAGGUGGCAAGUUGUGUGAUGUAAUUGCUAUGAUAUUUCAAGUAUGUGAUUGAUUACAGCUGUAAUAAAUUCUGUAAUCAUUGUAAAAUUUAAGCUGCUGGGUAUUUGGGAAGUUGAUACUAUUGAAACAUGGGAAUAAGAAUCAUAGCACUGUGUUCUGAACGUUGACAGGGUUAAAAAAAGAAUUAAUUGAAUUAAAAUUUUCAGCAAAACAUGAAAGAGAGAGUGGGCAUUUCUGGCAAGAUCUUGAUUUGUCUCAAUGGUUAUCUUUGUAGCAUUGAACUUAGAGAUAAGUAAUCAAACUGUAAAGACAUGCUCUUCCCUUUCAUUAAAUCUCUUGAGAAGCUUUGAGACCUAUGUACACUUGCAACAGGUUUAUGCUGUCUGGUACCUUAGUGAUAUUCCAGAAGUAUAAUGAGCCUGUAAAAAGUGAUCCUAUGAAGAGGAAGAUAGUUUGAAAGAAAUUGUCAGUGGAGAUUUUCCUGCACUAUGUAUAUUUGUAAGCUACUUAAUGGAGAAGUCUUUUGCAUGAGGAAUACAGGACAGGAAUUUUCCCAUGUUUGGACAGGAAUCUGUACAUGACCUUAGCUGAGAUUGAGUCUCUUGACCUGUGGAGGCCUCUCCAGUGUAAAUGACUGUUCAGUCAGUCUGUGUUGUCAAGAGUUCGUAGAAAACCCGUAUGUGUAUAGAGGCACUAGCAAGAUGGACAGGGUAACUGUAGCUUCUCAUUAUGCCAUAUCUUUGUCCUAUCGUUAAUGCAGAAGUCAUUUAUUGCAGAGUAUAAAUUGCAAGGAGUGUGCUGGUUUGUGCAAGAUAUCUUGCGGUAGGCUUUAAGAUUUUCUGUUUUAUUUGACUCAAUUUAGUGCUUGAGCAAUUAACACACUACUAACAUGCUGCUGUCUGAGGAAAAAAAACUUAUCCAAAGAGAUGCUGAAGUUUUUAUACCUUGAAAGAAAAAUGAGGUGUUGAACUUUUAAGUGUCUGAAAUGUAUAAUUGACAUGAGCUUCUACAAGAAAUCGAGGACUCAUAAAUGCUGGUCAUUUGUAAUGUAGGUGCUUAAAGUAUAAUAGCAAAAGCACCAAAUUUAUCUGAACUAUUUUCUUCAUCAGUUGUGAAUUUAGUUUCUGCUAUAAUAGGCAAAUUUGGUCAUUUUCAUUCUACAAUACUUGUCUUUUAACAGAAAAAUAUUCUAUUAAGUUCUCAAUAGAUGGUUAGCGUGUCUAGAUAUAGGCCAGGUUGUUGCUUCAAACCUAAGCCAAACUGGUAAUUAUAGAAUGAUAGAAUCAUUAAGAUUGGAAAAGAGCUCUAAGAUCGUCGUGCCCAACCAACACCACCGUGCCUACUAAACCAUCUCCUGAAGUGCCAUAUCUACAUGGUUUUUAAUGCCUCCAGGGAUGGUGACGCAAUUUGAUUACCCUUGUGACGACAGAAUCUAGUUUUAGAUUGGUGCCCAGAAGUAAUAAUGCCUGAGAAAAAAAAAUAGCAUUAACUGAUAAAUCCUUCUUGAAAGUUUCACUUCUAAAGACAACUUCCUGAAUUACUUUAAAGCAUGCUAAUAGGAGGAAGUUCUUCUUCCUGCAUUCAUUCUAAAGAUGGUAAAGGUACACACAGCAGUGAGUACUACAGAGAAAAUAAACUGAGAGUUUCUCUGUUACUUUUGAAAAAAGGAGUUCCAAUUAAAAAAAAAAAGCAAUUAUUUAAACUGAAGAAAAAAGCCCUUCUUUGCAAAUGCAUUGUCAAGCUACAAAAGAUGUGUCCACAAAGUAGUAUUGAGGUAAACAGUAUUUAGAAUUAUAACUUAGAAUAUUUGUAGCUAUGUUACUGGUUUUAUGUUGAAGUGAUCUAAACCUUUAAGGUAGAAGGUAUAAGCUAACCUUGAAGUGAUGGGGAUAAAGAAUAAUAGGAUAUUCUUUGGGGAUGUGGGGAAAUUAACAUCCCUUGCACUUCAUCCUGAAGUAACUGGUACUGGCAACUUUCAGUGGCAGUUUAUUUGACUAAAUAGGCCAGCAGUCUGAUUUUUGUACCAGAAAGAAGAGUUAACAUUGAUUUAAACAACUAGGAUGAAAAGUACCAUUCUUUUUUUAUUAUUGUUAUUUAAAAAAAACCAAAAACCUCUAAUUUUCUAUCUUUAUUUACUUCUUUCAGUAUGUUGUAUGAGGAAAGCAGGCUUUUUUUUUAUUUUUGGAUAUGGGUUCUUACUGUUAAUUCAUAUAUUGAAUUUCUAAUCCUCAUUUAUGACAUUAUCACUUAUACAGGGACAAGCAUUAUCAGACGGGAUUAGAGAAUUAACAGAGUGAGGCGUCUGAAAACCAUUUCUGCUGGCUUUUAUUAGAAUUUUUUGUUUAUUUGAGUGGCUAUAGAUAACUGACUUUAUAGUAAGUAUAGAGUCUUUAAGACCCCACUCUUUCCUUGGAAGAUCUGUGCUCUGCUGAAAACUUUUUGUCAUCUACAGAGUCAAGCAACAGAGACAGGCCGGAGGUGCUACUGUUUGGAAAACAAUAGCUGCAGAGCUAUUGGCAGGAGAUGCAACCAUCAUCCCUGUAUCCAGCAUGGGAGAACAAAGAAGGAGGUAGAAGAUCAGUGUGAGCCCUGUUUUUGUUCUAGUUGUCCUCAGAUCAAAAGGCUUCUAGAAGAAUUAGUGAGCAGUGCUGCAAGAGAAAGCAGAGGUGGGAGCUCAGUGACAGCCACAAGUUGAACUCCUGUAAGCCCUCCAGCUAUUUCUGUAGAAUUUGAAGUGAGAAGGUACUUUCCCAGUGCUCCUUCAGGCUCUUUGAAAGUAGUAUGUUUUAUCCGAGACUGUCCAUUCUCUAGUUCUUGGCUUUGCGGGGAGCAAUGGCCAACUGAUUAUGAAAGGAGGGAUGUGUUGGGAAAGUGCUCCCUGCUUGAACAACACAUCAGUUGCAGUUCUUCUCAGCGUAGCCAGUUCUUUGUGCAGCGGGUUGGGCUGUAGCCAUUAAGAGAGCAAAUUUAGGAAGUAGCUAUACUUUUGGAUGCUGCAAAAACUUGAAAUUUUUGUGUGUAUAGCCUCACAUAACACCACACGCACAUGUAAUUAUGCAUAUAAUUUUUAAUCAGACUCAGUCAUUUGUUGAUAGUAACUUGCUACAAACAGCUGUUGGCACAAAGCCAUUUUCAGUCAUCCUGUAAAAAGCAACUAGCUUGUUUUCAAGUGACAGCUCGACGUGACAGGAACCUUAGAAACUGUUGGUAAUAUGUACAGCUGUUUUAUAAAGACAGUCAUUUAAGAAUAUAUAUUUCUUGAAGUGUUAGCUACCUCGCUUGUGUGUUGAAAGAACUUUAAACAUUUAGCAUGGCUGUUACGUUGUAUUGCUGCUUCUGUGCUGAGCAGUCAGUCAUUAAAAUCUACAUUCUAAAUCAGUCACACACUCAGCCAUUUGAUUUUUUUUUUUAAUCUUUGAAUAGAAAAUAUAGAAUCCAAGCCAUUCUCAAUCUGACAUACAUUACAGAAAAAUUAAAGGUUUUGUUCUAGUUAAAUAUUUAAAUUUAAGAAAUAAUAAAUCAGUAAAGGCCGUGGUCAAUGACAGUCUUAUGCUUCCGAGAAUGUAAAGUCAGACCGUAAGAAAGGGUCUGAAUUGUUUGUCAGUCAUUGGCGAUUCUGCCACUUUCUCCAGCCAAUGUCAAAUAACGUGUUUUCAGCUUUUAUCAGCUGCUAUCCAAGCAUUGCUUUGUUCUGCAAACAGAUUGAGCAAGAGAGGAGUUGCAGUGGGGUGGCCAAUGCAGUCAGAGACAAGAGGUGAGACUGUGCAGGGAAGUCAUCAGGAAAAAACAAUGAAUGGAGAAGAGGCAGUGCCAGAGUUCUCAAUGUAGAUGAGCGCUAAGCAAUACCAACAUUAUUAGGCAUCACUUCUAUUGGAGCAUCUGUGCUUCUAGACCUCUGCUUAUCAGGGCCUGGCCUGACCUGAUUGUCCCCAUCAGCUGGUUUUCCUGCACUUCACCCUCAGUGUCUUUUCUCCCUGCCCUGUAGGGAGGGGAGGCAGGAGGGCACUUGCUCCUCUUCUACUCUUCCUGCUCAGCUCCAUUCUGCUCUUUUCCCAGGAACAUGCACAACAGAUCUAGCUUGUAUGUGGGUCACUGGGACUCUGACCACAGCACAAGUGCAUGAAGAUCUUGCAGACUAUAUGAAGAAGAGGAGCAGAGAUUCUAGUACUUUUCGGUGCUACUUAUUCUGCAACUUGCAGCAUGGAUCAAAGUCUGUCUCCCUCCCAACAAGGUUGGACCAUUUUGGGUUUAGUAGAUAUAGAUUCUUCUUGCACUGACAGCCUCUUCAAAACUGAAACUUUGUAGUGAGUUUAAUAAGUGCUUGAUCUUUCUGGAGUAUUGCUAGUGAAGGAAUCAUGUUUCACUGAUGGACGUGAUGUAUGUUAAGGACAACGCUUUGAUAUCAAAGACAGGACAGCAGACACUGGUGCAGAGGAGUCAUUGGAAGAUGUCACAACUCAAAUCUGCAAUGCCUGGCCUGGAUUUGUGUUAUGACUUUCUCUUGAACAGGGGAGAAGGAACUCUCUUACCUACUGAACACUAGUAUAAAGGUUGGUCUUGCUUCUUUGUAUUAUUUUGGCCAUCAGAUGCAUUCGACUUUGCCUCUCUUUUGUCAGGAGUUUUGCUUUCUUCUAUUUCACACUCUUUGCUCACUCUGUUUUCAGAGAAUUUCUCUGCGACAGAGAGAGAAGCUGCCUGGGCCCCUGGCACAACACAGCUGCUGUAGUCAGUAGAGCAGAGGCAUACAGACUUCAGCAAACGUUUGUGUUUGCCACCUCACACCUCUAAAAUCACUCCCAAAUGCACAAAAAAUGAUGUUGGCUACAUCUCUUCUUUCCCUCAGUCUGGAAAAGGAAAGUCACUAACACAUUCAUAGAUGUACAACUAAACCCCAGCAGGGAGAGACCCCUUUCCCACUCACAUAAUUCACUGAAGGGACACCAUUUAGAUACUCGUGGGGAAGAGGAGCUCUUGUGUAAUGAAAAGAAUCCUCUAUUUCACUCCCAAACGCUAUAAAACAGAAGUAAUGGCUUGAGAAAGACAGUGUCUAAAAGCCCAACCUGAAUGUCGUGACCUGAGGUACUCUAAAGGAUUAUUUUACCUUGCUAUAAUCUAACUUCAUUCUGCCCUGUUAUCUCCUUGUUGGUGAUAGUGCUUUAUUUUUCCUUUUGCAAUGAGCACAGUGGUCUCCACAGGAAUCUUUAUGGCCAGUAUCAUCAUCUUGCCAGCUGACAUUGUUCUUCUGUGUGAGCUGAUGACCAAGGUGGACUUCUGCAAGCUGUACCUGUGUUUCAUGAGUAAGGAUGUAAAAUAAGAUCCUCCCUUUUCCUGUCCUGUGGUUG